GACGACGUCAUCACUCGCGCGCGCUCACUCACUAAGCGUCGAGUCUCCCGAAGAGAGACAUUCAUGUCCAUUGAAGCUCCUCCCACAACAAUCACCCAUUCAGUAAUUCACCAAUAAAUGCUAAAGUGAAGACAAUUAUUAGGAAGAGAUGACAUCUGUAAAGACUGAGUUUAUUAAAGAGGAAAGAGAGAAGAUGGGAGAUCCAGAACCCUGCAGAAUCAAACACACUGAAGAUACUCAAGAACAAACAGAAGAAAAUGAGAAUGAAGAAUCAACUGAAGUUAAGGAGAAAAAUCAUGCUAAAACUAGAGAAAAACCCUUGAGCAGCUCUCAAAUCAAACAGAAAGAUUUAGAGAAACAAAGAGACAAGAAAUCUUUCACCUGUCCUCAGUGUGGAAGGAGUCUUGCAAGCAAAACAUGUCUUGAUAUUCACUUGAGAGUUCAUACUGGAGAGAGACCAUUCACUUGUGAUCAGUGCGGGAAAAGUUUCACUCAGUCAUCAUGUCUUAAGGUACACAUGAACAUCCACACUGGAGAGAAACCUUACAAGUGUUCACACUGUGACAAGAGAUUCAGCUGGUCAGGAAGCCGGAAAGUACAUGAGAUGACCCACACUGGAGAGAAACCGUACACAUGUGAUCAGUGUGGGAAGAGUUUCACAAUAAAAGGACAACUUUCAGUACAUAUGAGAGUUCAUACAGGAGAGAAACCAUUCACUUGUGAUCAAUGCGGGAAAAGUUUCACUUGGUCAUCAUGUCUUAAAGAACACAUGAGCAUCCACACUGGCAAGAAACCAUACAAAUGUUCAUACUGUGACAAGAGAUUCAGUCAGACAGGAAAUCUGAAUAAACAUGAGAGGUUCCACACUGGAGAGAAACCGUACACAUGUGAUCAGUGCGGGAAGAGUUUCACAUUAAAAGGACAACUUACAGAGCAUAUAAGAAUUCAUACUGGAGAGAAACCAUUAACUUGUGAUCAAUGUGGGAAGAGUUUUAGAAAAUCAUCACAACUUUAUAUACACAUGAACAGCCACACUAGAGAGAAACUGUACACAUGUAAUCAAUGCUGGAAAACGUUUUUGUGGGCUUCAGCCCUAAAGCAGCACCUGAGACUUCAUACACGGGAGAAGCCAUAUUCAUGUGAUUUGUGUGGAAAGAGCUUUUCAUUGCCACAAACUUUGAAACGUCAUCAGAAAACACAUACUGGUGAGAGAGAGUACAUGUGCAUUGAGUGUGAAAAGACUUUUACUACAGCAAAGUGUUUAAAACGUCAUGAGAGGAUCCACACUGGAGAGAAACCUUACAAAUGUUCACACUGUGACAAGAGAUUCAGUGAUCCAUCAAAUCUGAAAAGACACGAGAGGAUUCACACUGGAGAGAAACCGAAUCACUGAAUGUGGGAAGUAUUUCAAUUGUUCAUCCGCUCUACUGAAGGAGAGGAUUGAGUGGAUGCCGCUGAUCAUAUCCUUUUUUCAAUAUAUAUAUAUAUAUAUAUCAUUAAUAUUGUGUAAUUAUUAAUCAAGCGUUUGAUCAGUAUUUAACCUCCAAGAUUGUUGUAUGAUUUAACUAAAGUAAACAGCCAUCUAUAUACGUAUAGAUAGAAGCAUGCUACUUACACAGAUAUAUUUUUCCUUUUAGAAGUGUUUUGAAGUAACAGACAGGAGCAUAUGUGAGUGUAUUCCUUCUCCUAGGGUCACAAGGUCAGCUUAAAGGGUCAGGAGAGGCCCUUCCUCCACGUGCGCUGCGAGGGGUGAAAAAAAUGUAGAACUGUGACAUUUAGAAAUGUAUACUAGAUAUUAAGAAUCCUGUUCUAUCCUGUAUUUCUAUUCCUCAAGAUUAAUGUCGGCCUAUUAUGUGUGUGUAUCCAACCGUAGUGAUAAGACACUUGCCAAUGCUAGAGAACCUUGAAUUGUUUGAAUUGAAGCUGACUUCUGCUGAUGGAACUGCAAACUAUUUUCUUCAAGUAAAAUUAUUAUUAUUAAUUGAA